ACUGAGCACAACACUAUAACAACUGUUAAGUUAACAGUGGAAGUAAACUAAUCAUGAUAAAAAAAUAAACCAAAAUACAAACAGAUGUAACUAGUGUCAUUAAACUCAAAGAUUUUAAAUAAAGCGUACAUACAGGCUGGUUGCCGUGGGGAUUAUUACACUCCCAACAAACAGCAAAGCAAAAAACAACAAUAAAUACAAAGCAGCGAUAAUAAAGCUUUUAUUUAUUGCUGCACUCAAGUGUUUGUUAUAGAUAUACAUUUAAUCAGGGAAAAAAUACACCAGUUGCUCUCCGACUUUGUUAAUCGUAACAUUCAACAAUGGCUUGCUUUCAAAUGGGAUCCUGUCACGCGGUACCGAUGAGCCUGUUUAAAAACAAUAGAAACAAAGUCUGCAAAUCUAUUCUAGACAAUUCACAGGAGAGCCUUAAGCUAGGCUCAGGUCAAUUGAUAAUUUUGCUCGAGGGCGGUAAAGAUCAGAGCCUAUACAACACUGAUGUGGAUUAUGUGUUUCGGCAGGAAUCUUACUUUCAGUACAUGUUUGGGGCCAAGGAACCGGGCUGCUACGGUAUAGUUAGCAUCGAUGUUAAGACGGCCCAGCCUACUUCGGUUUUAUUUGUGCCACGUUUGCCCGAAGAGUAUGAGACCUGGAUGGGGGAAUUGCUGAAGCCAGAUCAGUUCAAGGCCAUGUACGAAGUAGAUGAGGUAUAUUAUGUCGAUGAACUCGAAGCUUAUCUGGAAAAGAACACACCCAAGCUGAUAUUAACGCUCAGUGGCGUCAACAGCGAUAGUGGCCUCACAAUGCAGCCGCCAGAGUUUGCGGGCAAAGACAAAUACGUGACCAACUGUGAUCUGCUGUAUCCAAUAAUCUCUGAGUGUCGCGUGAUCAAGUCGAAGGAGGAGAUCGAUGUCUUGCGCUAUGUGGCCAAAGUUUCGUCAGAUGCACACAUUAAAGUAAUGCAAUUCAUUCGUCCUGGUCGAAUGGAAUACGAGGGCGAAGCGGUCUUCUUGCAUCAUGCCUAUGCGGUGGGCGGCUGCCGCCACGCUUCAUACACCUGCAUCUGCGGCAGUGGCAUCAAUUCGGCCAUAUUGCACUAUGGACACGCUGGUGCACCCAAUAAUCGACCCAUUCAAUACGGCGAGAUGUGCCUCUUCGACAUGGGGGCCAACUAUUGUGGCUACGCCGCGGACAUUACCUGCAGCUUUCCGGCUAACGGUAAAUUUACAGAGGAUCAGAAAUUUAUCUACAAUGCGGUGCUGGACGCACGCAACGCUGUGAUGGAAACAGCACGUGAUGGCGUCUCCUGGGUUGACAUGCACAAACUAGCGGGCAAGGUGCUAUUGGAGCGUCUAAAGGCUGGUGGCAUGCUAAGCGGCGAUGUAGACGAAAUGCUUGAGGCUGGUGUCUCAGGCGUGUUCCAGCCACACGGCUUGGGCCAUCUGAUUGGCUUGGAUGUGCACGAUGUUGGCGGCUAUUUGCCCACGGAGCCACGUCGUCCCAGCGAGGCCUGGCUAAGCAAGCUACGCUUUGCUCGCAUCCUCAAAGCCGGCAUGUAUGUGACCAUUGAGCCUGGCUGCUAUUUCAUAAGGCAACUUAUGGAUAAAGCAAUUGCUAAUCCGCAAAUCUGUAAAUACAUCAAUGUAGAAGUGUUUGAACGUUUCCGCAACUUUGGCGGUGUGCGCAUUGAGGAUGAUGUCCUGAUCACCAAAACAGGUGUCGAGAACUUUGCAAUUGUGCCACGCACUGUGGAGGAAAUCGAGGCCGCAAUGGCAUCCAAAUAAAUUGUUAAAUAACGUGAAUAUACUUUACUAUAUAUACUAUAUAAACAUAUAAAUAUAUGUAUAUACAUGGAUAUGGAAUUAAAUUGCAUAU